AUGUUCGACGUCAAAUUACCGCUCGAAAAGGAGACUGCGUCGCCUUAUUUGGAUCAAUCAUUGCGUUCGUGGAUAAAGCUACAAAAGUGCAGCGAGGAAGCUUCUGUUCUUUUGGAUGGCGAGAGUUUAGAUAUCCCGAGUGUUGUCGCUGUUGCCAGAUAUCAUGGGAGAGCCGCCGUCAACUUGGAUGGCAAUAUUGUCGAACGAGUCAAUUCUAGUGUCAAAUGGCUUCGGGACUACCUCGCAAAAGGUUAUGAUGUCUACGGCGUUACCACCGGGUUUGGCGGCAGUGCUGAUUCGCGCACUCUGGAUUUCCAUGGCCUUCAGGCUGCUCUGCUACAACUAACGCAAACGGGGAUCCUGACUGAAUCCGACUUCUCACCCGAAAAGGCCAGCUACGAUACUGGAUUCCACAGCAUGCCAGUCACCUGGGUGCGAGCCACAGUCAUUGUUCGUUGCAAUCACUUGCUCCGAGGACACUCUGGCGUGAGAUAUGAGAUUAUCGACAAUCUUCUCAAGCUGUUGGAUCUUGGAAUGACUCCAGUCGUCCCAUUGCGAGGUUCCAUCUCCGCAUCUGGAGAUCUGAUGCCGUUGGCCUACAUUGCUGGUAUCCUCGAAGGCAAUCCGGAUAUCAAAGUGCACUGGGAUAAGGACAGGCAAGGGGCUCCCAUUGUCAUCUCUGCACCGCAAGCUUUGAAUAUCGCUAAGCUGAAUCCGAUUAUCUUGGGCCCUAAGGAAGGGUUAGGCCUGCUUAACGGAGCGGCAGCGUCCGCAGCAGUGGCAAGUCUGGCCGUGUAUGACACCAAUCACCUCGCUACCCUCUCUCAAGUCAUUGUUGGAAUGUCCUGUGAAGCGUUACUAGGCAAUGCCGAAAACUACCACCACUUCAUCGCUGCCAUACGGCCUCACAGCGGUCAGCUAGAGGUCGCUCGAAAUAUUCGAAACUUUGUGCGUGGUUCCUCCCUUCUGGAAACGUCUGAAACCAAAGAUCGCACCCGGGCUGGUCUAUUCCAGGACCGCUACGCGAUUCGUGGUGCAUCACAAUGGUUAGGUCCUGGGCUCGAGGAUCUUCUUCUCAGUAUUAAACAGCUCAGUGUCGAGUUGAACUCUACACAAGAUAACCCUGUGAUUGAUACAGAGUCAGGAGAAGUGUACUCGGGAUGCAACUUCCAAGCUGCCUCUGUCACAACAGCAACGGAAAAGACACGCCUAGCGUUACAAAUGAUGGGUAAAAUGUUGUUCAGCGUUUCUUCCGAGCUCAUCAACCCCGAUCUGAACCGAGGCCUACCACCCAAUCUCACGGCUGAUGACCCAAAUCUCUCCUUCACGAUGAAAGGUGUUGACAUCAACAUGGCAGCCUACAUGUCGGAGCUUGCAUUUUUGGCAAAUCCAGUUUCAUCGCAUGUUCAAUCAGCAGAGAUGAAUAAUCAACCAAUCAACUCGCUUGCCUUGAUUUCCUCGAGAUAUACCAUGCAGGCGGUCGAGACUUUAUCCCUGAUGUGCGCCGCCCACCUUUACGUUGUCUGCCAAGCCCUUGACCUUCGAGUGCUCAGUGUCCAAUUCCAGGAUGCGCUGGAUAAGGAACUGGAAAAGAUUACCCGCGAUGUCUGUGAUCAGCUUGCCAGUAAGCACCUAGACUCCUUGCUGGCAUCUUUGUCGAAGGCAGCUCGCAGCUCCUGGUCUACCUCCGCACGGGAAAAUCUCCAGCUCCGUGCACAGCUCCUUGGAAAUGAAGUAGCAAAUCCCCUAAUGGACCUUUUGCAGAAACAUGGCUCCAGUUCUUCUCAGUUUCCGGAUCGUCUUUCUGCAAUUGCAGAAGUCAAGGCUCGUGUUACUGCCGUUUGUGAGACCUUAUAUGCAACGAUGCGAACAGCAGCCUGCUCGGAGCCACAAACCGAGAAGUAUCUUGGAGACGCGUCUAAGCUACUCUAUCAAUUUAUUCGACGCGAGUUGCAGGUGCCCUUCCAUACGGGGCGGACUGAGCACCCAACUGUGGAAGAGGGACUCAAACUGAACCGGGAACGCAAGACAGUCGGGUCCUGGAUCUCUAUUAUCUACCAAGCCAUUCGCGGGGGCCAGAUUACGACUACACUGAUGCAGUUGGCGGAUUGCUUUCACCAUUGCCGGGAGACAAAAGUGGUGAAGUAA